GUCAUAUUAAUCGUUUUAUAUGACAGAUUAGGUGACAAAUGAUAAAUUUUCAAUCGUGUGAUUUUAGUAAAAACUCAUACACCCUAUUUAUCCUUAACACAAAAGAUGGCUAUUCAUAUCAAUACAACAGAACAAUUUGAUGAAAUAUUAGAAUCAAAUAGAGACAAGUUAAUUAUUGUUGAUUUUUACGCAACAUGGUGUGGCCCUUGUAGAGUGGUUGGGCCACAAUUUGAAGAUAUGGCUAGUAAGAUGAAUAAUAUUGUAUGUCUUAAAGUUGAUGUUGAUCAACAUGAGGAAUUGGUUGAAAGAUAUGAUAUUUCUGCUAUGCCUACUUUCAUUUAUAUAAAAAAUAAGGAAAAAGUUGAUGUAAUAAGUGGUGCGAAUUUUGAAAAAAUUCAAGAAAAAGUGAAGCAAUACUCAUAAAUAUAAAAUAAUUCUUGUGAUUUUUGUUAUUCAAAAUUAUUUUCUGGCAUACUUCAAUUAAAUUUGAAAUUUAAUAA